AAGCUGUUGCUCUUGCUGUCUCUGAGUGGCCUCGCCGACUUGUGGUGCUUGUGGUGCAAUAUGCCCCCUCCCACCUCCAAGAAAGGAUGAACUUUGUUGCUGUUUGAGCUGAUACGCUGGCUGAUAUGCCUGUUACUACGGCUCAAUGACCGGAAAAGCUCGCAGUCGCGCAACGGUGGGCGCUAAAUUUGUUUACCAAGUUCGUCUCGCAACUGUUUCGUCGUGCCGCAAUGGUUUGUUUAGUAGCUUGAAGUUUAGUAUGGUGAAAUGUUUAUCACGAUUGUGUGGUUACAACAUAUCCUAUAUGCCAUUGCACUUAGAAGAAACACACACGCAAUGAGAUAUGAAACGGAGAAACUUCAUUACGCAAGUUGACGGCACAUAGCUGUGCGGGAACACAGUGGCAAAUUCAAACUGCGAGUGCAGAUGGCAGAACGAAAACGAAAUAAUAAAUCUUGUUUUAUCCUAAAGUAAUUUGUUAUUUAGUUAUCUUGAGUGAAUUGUUUAUCUCUUAUGAAAUAGCAAUGGGAUUGGCAUGAAUUGCCUCGCAUAGUGCACAAACGCCGAGUGUUCGAUACGAAAUCCGUGUGCGGUGAAUUUACACGUAUACGUACGUAAGUGGCGCCGCAGUUCAUUUUGCAUGACACCGUUCGUUUCGAACAUGGAUGCGUGCUUGGUGUGGUUUCUUCGAACAUAGCCAACAUAGAUUCGAGAACUUUACACUUUGAUUGAUACUUUGGACUAUUCUAGUACACUUUGGACAUAUUACUGUGCAGGCUGCUACAAGACAACGUUCGAUCGGCACGUUUCGUCAAGGCAAGCUGAAUGCUGAUUAUUGGACAUCUGCUGAAAUGGCUCUUGAACGGUGCCUGGUCGAGUUCUUUGCUCUUCAGGUAAAGAAGGCUGGUGGAGCCCUCAUAGUAUCACAAAAUGACACAAUCAAGAAAUAUGAGAAGUAUGCACCAGUCACACUGGUCAACUACAUGAAUUCCAAGUACAAGGGUGCACUGGUACGUUUCUUAAGGGGCCACAAAGACUUCUUUGUCUUCACCAGCAACAACAAGGUGUGUCUGCAACCUAAUUUUGAUGCAGUGAGCAUUCUGGUGAAUCCAAACAACCUGGAUAUCGUCCAGUUCUUUCUGGACCUUCUCCAGAAGAUAGGAGCCACACAAGAGCAGCCAUGUUCAGCGCACAUUCUGUCCAAGUAUAUUCAAUAUAUGAAUCAUGAUGCAAGACUCUUCUUUCAUAAGACGUAUGGCAACAGCCUCAACAUAUUUUUUACUCUCAAUGUUACCCACUUUCUUAUGACAUCACCUGAUCGAGGCUUUGUGUCCUUGAGGCGGCCUGUUGCCGCUUCAAACUGCAUUGCUGCACACCUCAGGAAAUGCUUGCACAAAAGCAAUGCUUUCACCUUUUCAAGUGGGCUCAGCAUGGAGCAGCUUCAGCACGAGGGAACGGAGACUUGGCUUCCUGACCUCAGGCAGUACUUUAGUGAUCGAUCAAGAACAAAGCUGAAUGAUGUCUUGAACUCUUACCCCAAUAUAUUCAAAUGGCAGCCCCGUGAAAAAGUGUGGCUUCGCAAGAAGUAUGAGAAGUGGAAUGACGCGUGGAGUAGUGCUGAGGAACUCUUACUUGCUGUUCACUUCAUGGAAAUGUUAAAGGACAUAGGUGCCAUGUCAUCAAACCCAAUAUGCUUCAACUACAUCCUCUGCAGCACACAGUCCGUUCCUCAGGAGUGUUCAGUCUAUAUGAACCGAGUUUUUCCUGGCAUUGACCUCAUUGAUUUGUUUCAUUUGCACCCUGACAAGUUCGAUCUAUCUACAGUCAACUGUGUUUCACUGAAGUGUGGCAGGGAGGAGGUUGAAACGAAAAGAUCCCCAGAACUCCUGUCAGCCUACUAUGCUGCCCAGCUGCUAAAGUAUGCCCCAAACCUGACACCUGAUCUCUUGAGUAUCUGUGCAGAGCAAGCCCCUAAGGCUGUGAGGACCUAUUGUGGGUCUACUGUACGACACAGGCUUCACACCAUUCUUGAUUCAGGACAGGAAUUGCUCGCCAAUGGUGCUCUAGAUUGUACAAAACUCAUUGACAUGAUCAAGUCUGUCUGUGGAAAACCUGUUUUUGGAGCAAACAAGAACAAAGGAUCAGGAAAAUCCAAAUAUUCAAGUUCAAAAUCUGCUGUUUCUGUGCCAGAAAAAGCCUCCACAAAGCAUUCUAGGAAAGAAAAAGAGGCUCCCGUCUUGGCAAGUGCCAUUCAACCAGAACAUAACACGCCAAAUCUUCAAGCCCUGAUAGUAAACGUGCCAGCUCCUGCCUUGGGCAGCUUGACCCCAUCAGAGCCACUGCAACUACAGCACAGAUGGCCUAAACCAGGGAGCCGAAGUGAACUGAAGGAAUGUGUGGCUACGUCUGGUACUCUAGUGAGGUCCCACUCGCUUGUUUUGAUACCAGCAUCACACAGCAUGGAGUUGCUUCCUCAAGAGGUGCCAUUUGGAGAAAACUGCGUUCUCAAGUUGAAGAAUGACAGCAGAAAGUCGGUAACUAUGAAAAGAUCCAGCUCUUUUGUGUGUUUGGCACUGAACAACUCUGAUGAUUCAGCAACAAAGUUUGUAGGUGACAGUGCAGAAGCUCAGAGAAACUCCUCCUCUGUACAGCUGUGUGCCAAUGCAGCAGAGAUUUCGGCACCAUCGACUUCACUUGAAAACACCAAUAGUUUAGCUGAGUUUAAGAAACAGUCCCAAGAACAGACAAGCACAGUUGAUGAGAAUGUUGAGGGAGCAAAUGAUGCAUGCAUGAUUGACGAUGGCUCCGAUUCCUCACCUGACUAUGUGUACAGUAAGAUGGAGUCCGUGCUGUCCGAGUUCAUUAAGAAACGGCUUGAAGCUAGUCCUACUCACUCAGAGAAUUUUACAAGCUUGCAUGAAGCUGUUACCAAAUAUUUUGGAGCUGUGUGUAGUUACGAGAUUCACCUAGCGGUGCUUUUUUGUGUGGGAACACUCAGUUUUGAUGGAACGAAUGUACAUUAUCACUCCGGUUAGCUAGGAUUGCAGUUGUUGCAAUGACAGAUUGCUCAGUAGCAGCAGCAUUGCUUACUUGAAUAUUCUUACUGUUGUCCCAUGAGCUUCAUUUAAAAUUUCCUUGUGAAUUUCACUGACAAAUUAAUUUUGAAAAAGCCAAAGGAAGUUGCUUAUGUCAUUUAUGGUGUAUGAAAUUAACAUAUUUAUUAGAUUGUUUUGCUUACAUCAUGUUCUUGUAGGCACAAUUUCUUGCACAUUUCACUUGGAAGUUCAGCUAAAGAAAUUUUUUUUUAUUGGUGUUUGUCAACUGCAUUCCUGACUCCUUACCUGAUGUGCAGUCAAUUACCUAAAUUGUUGAAAUUUAGAUUAGGUAAGAUUUGUCAGAAGACUAUACGAAACAACCAAAAUGGAAGUUGUUUCGACAAGCUGGUGGUACGCCAUUUCAUGUAAUAUAAGCCUUUCAGCGAGCUGAUACCCCGUGUUGCACAUUUGAAAGCACAACAUUCUUGUCAAGCCUUGUUUAAUGUGUCUUUCUGUCUUUGCGUUUGCCAUUAUGUACAGCAGUAGUGUCAUGCCUUCUGUGUUCUUCAUGCUAUUUUUGUGUCCACUACCAUGAAUUUUGAUGGACCAUUACAAUACAAAACACAGGUUUAGCCCAACUCGAUUGUGCUGCAAUCAGCAUACUGGCACAGAAAUUUGUGAAAAGGAGGCAGUGCACCAAGCAUGAAAAUUACCUGCAGGAUGAACUUAUUUAAGCCGAGCAGUAGUUAGUUGCAAAAUACACUUCUACUGAACAUAAAGUGCACGAUGGGAAGCAGUGCUGAAAAAAAAGAAAAGGAAGAAUUGUGGAUUACCUUGUUCGAAUGCGUUCAUGGCAAUUUUCAAUUCUGUAAUAAAUAUGAGCUAGGAGCACAAAA